UGCACUUGAACGAUACGUACUCAUAUUAUAUUAUCACGUUAAUGUUGUGGUUUAAUGGGAUAGAUGUAUCAAACUUCACUUUAAGUCUACGGAGAGGAUUUUUGAAUGUGAUUGAACUAAAAAAUAAUCAUAUAAAAAGUGAAUUGCAUCAUGGGAAUUUAUAUAAAAUUACUUUCAGUUUGAUCUCAGGAAGUUAAAGGAAAUUAUGCUUGCGUUAUUUGCUUACAUUUGUAACUGAAUAUACUUGAAUUCAUGGCGAAUUAAAUCACAGAGACAAUGGAGGACAAAGAUGCUGACGACAAGCUUGCAGUACCUGUUGAACCAUGCGUGCCCUAUGUGGCAGAAAACCCUGACGUGGAUGAGGAGAGUUUGCUGAAAUACGCCACCACACUAACCAACAGGCAGCGAGGGAACGAGGUCACAGUCCGACCAGCUACUUUGGAUGCUUUGUCUGUUCACCAACUGGCCGCCCAGGGAGAAGUGUCACAGGUGGUCACACAUCUAAACAGAGAUCUCUCUCUCCUGAACAGUCAGGAUGAACGGGGCUACACUCCUCUCAUGUGGGCGGCGGCGUUUGGAGAGAAAACCAUGGUGGACUUCCUCCUGGAGAAGGGGGCAGAUCCCAGAACCAUGGCUUUGGAGAGAGAGAGUGCCCUGACCCUGGCCAGCUCCGGAGGUUACGCCGACCUUGUCAAAUGUCUUCUGGAAUACGGUGUAGACGUCAAUGCUUAUGACUGGAACGGUGGUACUCCUCUGCUCUAUGCUGUAAGAGGUAACCAUGUUCAGUGUGUGGAGGCACUCUUGGAUAAAGGUGCAGACCUGACCAUGGAAGCAGACUCUGGGUACAGUCCCAUGGCUCUAGCUGUUGCAUUGGGACACAAAAAAGUUCAGAAGGUGUUGGGUGAUCAUAUUCUGAAGAUCCUGUAAAAAGUAUUGGGACACCAAGCAAGUCAAGAUGUUCUCAGGGACUUGGAGCUCCACAGACAGAUUUUCUGUCAGACUGUGAGUGGACCAGGAGUUGACAAG